AGGAGGAGGACUGUCUGAGCUGGACGGGCAGACUGGGUGCAGAGUCUCUGGCUGAAGCAGAGAUCAUUUUUUGGGGAGGUGUACGGGCCUAUUUUUGGGGGGGACUAUUUCGACCACAAUUUUAUUCCCCCAUCUACUAAACAGUGGAAAUGGAUACUUUCAGUUAUGUUAUUCUUUUAGCCUGUGCGUAUUUUGCGCAUCAGAGUGAAGGACGCAAAACAUAUGCUGACAUGUUCCCCCACAAGCAUGCAGUCCUGCCAGGGAAGUUUCCAUUUCCAAUCCCACCAAUCCCCGGCUGGGAUCCUGACACCAACCCCUGGGAUGACUUCCUCUACCCGCCCCUGUUUCCCAAGCCAAAAGACCUUACACGUCGAAGAGGUAAACCUAAAGUUCGUCUCACCAGCGACACUCCAGCUCUCAACGGCUCCAGCAUCUCCUUUACUGCUAAGCUGGAGUAUCCUCCAUGCCAGAAGGAGGAUGCAAACGGGGACCUUGUAUGGGAUGAGCACUGUGAGGACGGUAUGGAGCUGGAGGCCUCAGCCAAUGGACAGGUGAAUUCUGGGUAUGUGUACAACUGGACCUCCUGGUUGGAUGACUAUGGUUUUGGAAAGUGUUUGGACAAAAUGAAAUGCAACGUGUUCCCUGAUGGGAAGCCCUUCCCCCUGAGCAAUGACUGGAGGCGCAAGGGCUAUGUCUAUGUGUGGCACACAAUGGGCCAGUACUAUGAGACAUGUGACGGCUCCUCUUCCAGCCUGACCCUCAACACCACCAGCUUCCCUCUGGGGGCCGAGGUCAUGGAGGUCCUGGUCUACAGGAAGAAGGAGCGCAGAAAGUACAGCCCCCUCACCACCGACAACACAGUCUUCCACGUCACAGACAAGAUCCCUGUGGCGGUCAGCAUCAGCCAGAAAUCUGCGGUUAACCAGUCUGACAGUGUGUUUUUCCGCGGUGAGGACGUGGUGUUCAAAGUCCAGCUCCAUGACCCCAGUGGUUACCUCAAAACCGCUGCCUCCGUUGACUACAUCUGGGACUUCAGGGAUGGAAACCAGCUGGUAACAAACCGUGAUGUGACCACACACACUUACAGCACUCUGGGGAAGAUGAGCGUGAAGCUGGUGGUGGAGGCAUCCUUUCCUAUUGAGUGUCCACCUUCUACUGCCACCACCACUCCCAGAGGUCCCACACCUCACACAGACGCUCCCACUCCUCCACCUGGUACUCACGCCAUUACUAUGAAGAUGGAGACCACGCAAGUGCCACCUAAAACCACCCAACCUCCUCCUCCUCCACCUGCUCCAACCGUUGCCAUGACAACAGAGGGCCUACCCACCACUGAGUCCCUCCCCCUUACCGUUGGCACUGAAGUCCCGGAGCCCGACCCCACCACUGUGCCCUGGCUCCAGAGCAGGCGUCAGUUCAAAGGCAGUGGGUGUUUCCGCUACGUCCAUGGGACCUUCAUGGGUAACAUUACCAUCAUCGAACCUAAACAUCCUCUCCACAGUCAUCCAAACAGUCAGAUUGUAGACGUAUCGGCCGCCAGAGUGACCAAAACUGACAUCAGCUUCCUGGUGAAAUGUCUGGGCCGCAUCCCGACUUCAGCCUGCACCAUAGUGUCCGACCCCAGCUGCACCCGGGUGCAUAACAUCAUGUGCGAUGACGUCCCACCGUCUUCCCAGUGUGAAGUACGUCUGAGGCGAACGUUCCUGGAACCAGGCACCUACUGUGUCAACAUCACCCUGGAGGACGCCAAGAGCCUGGCCCUCGUCACAACCACGGUCACCAUCAACAAAGCCCAGGACCCACCCGUGUCCACGAGCGUUCACACUGCAGAGGUGGUGCUGUCCUCCAGUGCCGUACUGGUGGCUGUCUUUGCAUUCAUCGCCUACCUGGUCUACAGGCGUUACAAGGUCUACCGGCCCAUUCGCAGGGCCCCAGUGGAGGACGCCUGCAGCCACGGGGGGGGCAGAGGUCGUAUGGUUCGCCUGAGGGAGGCACUCUUCCCUUCCAGUGAGGAGAGCCGCCACUUGCUGACUGAGAGAUGCCCUCUGUAGGCAUUCUGUGGCACUGAAUACUAAACCAGCGCUUCUGUUUCCUGGCUGAAGCUGAAUGCAGAUGCAGAAUCCAUGAGAAUCCAUGAACAAUCCUGAUUGUCUGAGUGAAACUUUAACAGGAACACAUUCAUGUUUGCAGGAAUAUAGAAGUAAAUAACAUGGAUGUCUUGUUUGUGUCAGAAUAUAAUUGUUUGAUUGCAGAAAAAGGCUAAUGCUAUUCAGUAUAAGUGGUUAACGAUUUACUAAAAAAAACUUAUUGGGUUGAAUUCUUUUUGUCUUAAGAGGAUGUGUUAGAUGUUGUAUCAAUGGUCCACAGCUAAGUUCAUAUCUGUACUACCAGUGAUGCUGUGUUUGCAAGUAAAUUAAAUUACAAUUCAAACUAAAACUUCAUGGGACAUUUCAUGUAAUUCAAGGAAUUUACUGUAAACUUGACAUAAGAACUAAUAAAGGCUGCGAAUUAACAAAC